AUGUCUUCCUUUGAAGCCAUGGCAGCCGCCGCCAAGGAGAAGGUUAUAUCUCGAAGACAAAUCGAAGGUCUCAUCGCAGAUGGCAGGUCUAUUGUUAUUGUUGAUCAGGCCGUACUCAAAGUAGAUGCAUGGAUGAAAUACCAUCCUGGCGGAGACAAGGCUAUUAAGCAUAUGAUAGGCAGAGAUGCAACAGAUGAAGUAAAUGCCCUUCACUCAGCAGAAACGAGAGCAUUCAUGAGCAAAUACCAAAUUGGUAGAGUGGAGGGUCGUUGGAAGAAUUUUGUUCCCCCGAUACAAUACGGAAAGUUUCGGAGCUAUGUUGAAGGCAUGUCAGACGAUUCCGAAGAAGAUAAUAAUACGUUCGAUGAGAGAGCGAGCUCUGAUAGCUCAAGACUCCCCUCGCCUACAUUCGAUGAAGAUUUCCCAGAGGUACGCAGAAGAGGGCCGUCUAAAGACGAUCGCCCCGUAUCCUCCGCCUCUUCCAUAUCCUCUGCCCCUGACCUGGACGAUGGCAUGUCACACUUCGAUGCUUUGACUCGAGAACAAAUUGACUUAGAUCACGCCAAAUAUCCUUCCCUUGAUCCGGAUACGCAAGAAGAGAUCGUCCAAAAGUACCGUUUAUUGGAUGAACGGAUGCGUGCGGAAGGCCUGUAUGACUGUAAUUACACUGCAUACGCCAUUGAAUGCUGUCGUUAUACUUUCUUUGCCUCUAUGGCAGUCAUUUUCUUUAAGUGGGGCUGGUAUGGGACAAGUGGGUUGUUCCUGGGUUGUCUAUGGCAUCAAUUAGUGUUCACAGUGCAUGAUGCGGGCCACAUGGGUAUUACUCAUAACUUUACGAUUGACUCUCUCAUCGGUAUUGGACUUGCAGACUUCAUCGGUGGUCUUUCACUUGGAUGGUGGAAACGCAAUCAUAAUGUCCAUCACAUUGUGACAAAUUCACCCGAGCAUGACCCAGAUAUUCAACAUAUCCCUUUUUUUGCUGUCACACACAGAUUAUUGGAAUCUCUGACCUCAACCUUCUAUGAAAAAUGCUUGGAGUACGACGUAUUCGCGCAAUAUCUGCUUCCGUACCAAUCAUACUAUUACUAUGUAAUCCUGUGCUUUGGCCGAUUCAAUCUCUACCGCUUGUCCUGGGAAUAUCUUCUUCGAGGCCUUGGGCCAAAGAGAGGUCCAGCAUGGUGGCAAAGAUGGCUAGAGAUUACAGGUCAGAUUUUCUUCUGGACAUGGUUUGGUUAUGGAGUAGUCUACAAAGGUAUUCCUACAAACGGUGCCAGAGUUCUCUUCGUCUUGGUCAGUCAUGUGGUUACCAUGCCAGUUCAUGCCCAGAUAACUCUUUCACAUUUCUCUAUGAGCACUUCAGAGCUUGGACCACGUGAGUCUUUCCCGCAGAAGAUGCUCCGCACGACCAUGGAUAUCGAUUGUCCGCAGUGGCUGGACUUCUUCCAUGGAGGGCUUCAAUUUCAAGCUAUCCAUCAUCUUUUCCCUAGGAUGCCUAGACACAAUCUUCGCCGUGCUCAGAAGCUUGUGUUAGAAUUCUGCAACGACGUGGGCAUCCCCUACGCACUCUACGGGUUUGUGGAUGGCAAUAAAGAUGUCAUUGGUAGGCUGGAAGAAGUUGGUAGGCAAGCUGCGAUCCUUGCUAAAUGCCAAAAGAGUAUAGUAGAAAAGGGUGAUAUUCUUCAUGGGCACUAG